CUAUUUUCAAGCGAAACGUAGGAAGUCAGCGACCAACACUUUUAUGAUUAAUGACACACGGACGGUAAUUCACACAACGCUUCGUUUGAGCGCUGCGCCUUUAAAAAACAAACGGUUCCCGUUUGGGUCCCAGCUGUCGGCCGGUGGCCACGUCCCAAUCCGCUCCAAAGCGCCCUACCUACGGUGUCGUUGUCAACGACAAGGCGUGAUAGUUUUUUUUUUUUUUUUGAACGACCUAUCAAGUGAUUUUUAACUACUUUAAAGUAGUUUUUCGUGACUACUUGGCUGCUGCGGAGGAUGAAGUUUUGAAUGAGAUGUCGUAGCAGGAGGAGGGGGCACUUUUGGGGGGCUAUCAGAUUUGGAAUCUGCCGCAUUUAUAACCAGAGAGACGGCGGCUCGCUGAGGACACAGCGAAACGGGACGGACACGUUCAGCCGACAGAACGCCGAGUUUCAAACUUGGAAGUGUUCAGAAGUUUUUUUAAAUUUUCUUUUACAAAGGACCGAAAACUUGGAAAUAAGAGUGGGGUAGACUUUCCAUCUGCUUCUGGAUUCAUGUCUCCUGUGAAGGCUGCUUCACUGUAAGCUUCUAACUCACUUUUUUGACUUUACCCGAGUAGGACUCUCAAAAUGGAUAAAUACGAGGAUUUAGGACUGGAGGCAAGUAAAUUCAUCGAGGAUCUGAACAUGUAUGAAGCAUCCAGAGAUGGAUUGUUUCGGAUGAGGAGGGACGCAGGAAAUAAUCCAGAUUUUGAAGAGACAAGAAGAGUGUUUGCCUCUAAAAUGACUAAAAUCCACAUGCAAAAACACCAAGAGGAGAUGGCAAAGAAUCACCUGGCCAUGAAGAUGAACGGAGGCCACAAUAGCACCUAUUACACCAAAGACCGACCGCCCAUCAACAGCUCCAGGCAGCCGGGCGAAGCGGCAGCAAAGCCCCCAAUCCUGUCUGGUCCUGGAAGUCCAUACACACAGUUUGAUGGCCAGAAACCGUAUAACAAUUACGAUAAUAACCAACCCAACUCUCCUACCAGCCCAGGGAACCCAACUCAAGGUGCACCAACACUUGGGCGCCCAGUUUGGGCCCCAUCCAAGGAGAGUCCGCUUUCUCCAUCUUUUGUUGGGAGCAGCAGUGCACCUCCCGUUACCAGUAGCCUUCUAUCACCGCAGAAUCAAGCUCCAACACCUUCAGAGAGCCGGAAUUCAUCCUCCACUGCUGGGACAGCCAGUGUAUGGGCUGGAGAUCUGGCAAAGCCAGCUGUCAUCCCUGCCUUGCCCCUGAGUGCUUUCACAGGAGAAACGGAGCUCCACGUGCAGCAGCCUCCUUACCCGGCACCAUCUCCAACUUCAAGGCCCUUACCGGGUUCGCUUGACCCUUACCACAAUGGUCCAGUGGCAGCUUCCUCGCUCCUGCCUGCAACUCCUGACUCCCCUUCGCCAAAAGGUCAGGUCACAUCCCCGAACCCUGGACAUGUCUCCAGAAGCAGCAGCGGGGGUCAAGGUCAGAGCCACAUACCCGGCAGUGGACAGGCGAUUUAUAGUGAAACUGAAGGCCUGUCCUCCCCUAAAUCUCUGCCGCUGCCCUGCCUGUCUCUGCACAUGCAGCCACCUGAACAGGGCCCGUCAGCAGCUGAAAUAAAAUUAGAAGCUCUCACUAAGCGGCUAGAAAAAGAGAUGGAUGCCCAGCCAAAGGCUGACUACUUUGGACUAUGUGCUAAGUGCAACAAAGCAGUUUAUGGCGCCAACCAGGCCUGCCAAGCAAUGGGAAGCCUUUACCACGACAGCUGCUUCACCUGCAGUGCCUGUGGUCGGAGGCUGAGGGGGAAGGCAUUUUAUUAUGUUGGAGGAAAAGUGUUCUGUGAAGAGGACUUUCUAUACUCUGGUUUCCAGCAGUCUGCUGACAAGUGCAACGCAUGUGGACAUCUGAUCAUGGACAUGAUCCUGCAGGCCCUCGGGAAGUCGUACCACCCCGGCUGUUUCCGCUGUGUCAUCUGUAACGAGAGCCUUGAUGGAGUGCCCUUCACUGUGGACACUGAAAAUAAGAUCUACUGUGUCAAAGACUACCACAGGGUUCUGGCUCCUAAGUGUGCAGCGUGUAACCAGCCCAUUUUGCCCUCAGAGGGCUCUGAUGAAACCAUUCGAGUGGUAUCCAUGGACAGAGAUUAUCAUGUUGAAUGCUAUCACUGUGAGGACUGUAAGAUGGAGCUGAACGACGAGGAGGGUCAUCGCUGCUACCCUCUGAAUGGACACCUCCUCUGCCACACCUGCCACCUGAAGCACAUCAAUCCUAGCUGCUCCUCCUCCCUCAUCUCCUCUUCCUACCUGUGCUAGUGUAGGUUCAGGGAGGCACCUUGUGGAUUUCUAGAGUUUGUGCUGUGUGGCAGAUCGGUGUAAUGGAUCAAACCAUUCUGUGGCUUCAUCUGUGCUUUGGAAAAUUAUAUUCAUGAAGGCUCAAUUACAGCGGAUAUCAUAAUCCUGAAGAAGAUUAUGACCUCCUGAUGAAGUAUGCUAAUGAACACACCAAAGCCCUAUUUUUAACGCAGUGAAGUAUUGUGUAAUACCCGCUGCAUAAUGACUUUGCAGAGGCUCUUUUGCUCUUUGUGUGGUUGUGUAAAUAUGAGUUGCGCUGGCUUGUAAAUACCUUACUUUCAUCUCAGUUUGGAUGAUGUGUGCCUUCACUUUCACUUUGACAUGCAGCUCCAGUUGCUAAGAGCAUCAAAACAGAAAUAUCCUGAAAUCCAUUAUGAAAUAUGUCACAAAUCGCAGGUACAAAAUGUGUCCAUCAGAGAGAAAUGUUCGCUCACUGGCUCGCUAAUGAACACCAUGAUUUAUUUAUGUUGUACUUUUCAUGCAUGAUUGCUUUUCAGACUCUUCCGGAGUGCCAUUGUUCCUCAUUUGUGCAAAACAGAAGCUGCUUUGCAUUUCCAUAAGAAAUAUGCACAAACAAAUGUAAUAAUUUUUAUUAUAAUUGGGUUUUAGGUCAGAGCAUAAUAUAAAUUGUAAUUGUUUCCCCCAUUAUUACCCAGCUUUAUAAAAAGUGGUCAUUUGGUUACUGAUCCAGUAGCUACUAGGUCAGAACUAAUCUGGACACAAAGCCAAUAUACUGAUUUACAUAUGAAAGUAUGUAAUAACAAACAGAGGAGGGUUUAAGCCAUAGCUGCUAUAAACCUGGAUCAAUAGUGAGCUUUAUGUGUCAGUACAAACUCUCACUCUGUCUUGAAUAAGAGAAGACAGCUGACUUUAUUUAGUGCAUAGUUUUGUUUUGUAUUUUUGCUAUGAUGCAUUAUUUUCCCAACCUCAGAGCAACAAUGUAGAUUAUAGUUAAUAAAUCUUUCUUAGCACUUAUAUUGACUUUUUCGUGCACCUAUUGUUUACAUGUUUUAGUAAAAAUUUAUGAUGAAAUUGGCAAAUAUUGUAAUAUAUUUAAAAUGUACUCUUGACCCAUUUCCUUUUUGGCUUUUUUUAUGCUGAGCCCCAAUUAUACAAAUUAGAUUUGCUGUGAAAACACCUUUUGUCUUGCUGUACCUUUGAUAUCCACAUUCUCUUCAUGUCUUUGAUUUUAUUAACUUAUUGGAAGACUUUAUUUCACAACAAGCUGUAGUUCAGUCAACUUGUGUACUGAUUGUUGUAAUUAAAAUAAAUACAAUGCAACAGCC